AUGCACACCCAGCGUGCCAACGUCUCAAUAAAAGCCACAGCCACUGCGCCGCCUCCCAGGACUGAUUCGGCGAUGCAGCUGGCGACGGUGUUUGUGAUUCUGGGCUUGCUCAUCCUUUCUCGUGGUAAGCUCUUAUUUAUCUACAAUUUCAUGCAAAUGAGACGCUUUAGUGCAAUAAACAAUCGAGGAAGAAGAUAGAUAAGGCAUAAACGCAUAGCAGUUCUGUGCUUUGAUAAUGCAAAACGUAACCAUUCCAGUGUUUUGAAGUUACACGAGAUUAAAUGGGCCACUGGUUGCAUUGUUACAUGAUAUAUAAAACUAUACGGUACAUCUACUAGCCCAUAGAAUGUGCCAAAAUAUACGAGGCGGUGCCAACAACUCGCAAACCAGCACAAAGCAUCGAAAUAUUCAUAAACUGCUCUAACCGAGUCGAAAACCUUAACAGGAUAUAAAUUAAUAGGACAUUGUUUGGAAAUGCCGACACUUUUAAGAGAGCGGAAAAUUUUGAAUACAUCGGAGUUGUUGUAAAUGCUUGUCAAUACAAAGAAUAUUUGAAAGUAGUCCUUUGUUGAGAUUUUCACCUCAACAUUUUUACGGGCCAGUGUAGUGUCAAGUGUUAUACUUCGCUAAAUAGCGUAAAUGUUUGAGUGUAAAUUCCAACAUGGUUAGUGCAUCGCUGGGAGCAAGGUCUCAUCUGUCGAUCAGUCGCCGAGCUAUAUUACUAACGUAAAUUUCUACCACAGAAAGUCACAGAUUAAAUCAUAGACUUCAGUUGAUCUCCCUUAUUAACUGACCCAAAAUGAGACAACCUAAAUUUCAAGUUAAGGUAAGGUACAAUCGCAAACAAACCAUUUUUUAAAUAUUAGGAGAAAAUUUUUUCCAUCACAUUUAUCCGAAUUUCUUCUUGUGGGGGAGUACGCUGAGUUUCAGGUUAUUCUUUAAAUAUCGAAUAAUAUUUUAAGUUUUCCAGAGUUUUGAUCGACUGCUCAUAGGAGUAGGUUCUGCGCUAUGUGGUUAUCAGAGACUUUAAUGAAAGAUAUUUCUUGAAGUAUUUCCCAAGGUAGCAAGUGUUUGAGUAUCCUUUCUAAUGAAGUUUGGUCACGUGUGUAGACUCACCAAAACCUGAAAGAUUAGUUCCAAGAAAAACGAGGGUCCUUGACAAAAGCUGGCAAAUGUGUGUUAUAAAUCAAUUAACAAAUUUUUUAUACGUAUGUAACCUCUCCAAAAAGCGCUUUUGUGAGGUAUUUUUCAGGGAAAAAGAAAGUACGGCGUUCGGUCGACUUUUUUUAAAAAUAGUGAGUAUAAAGGUGAAACACUGUGGUAAUAUAAAUAGAAAUAUCUUGCAAAGUCUGUUGGUCUUCUGGCCGUUUUGUUUCACAUUACGUAUUAACGAGAAGAAGGCCAUAAAAAGAAUCAUUCAUUAUACUUCAAAGUUAACAUAGCCACUUUGUGAGGGCGUCUUUUUGCAUUACGCUACAGAGGAAGAUGUCGAAACGUUUGAACGAAUGACUGCCGCAGAUGUUUUUACUGCGCUUUAAAACAUAAAAUCAUACAACUGCAAAUGUGAUUUUUAAAAUCUGUAAGACGUUUGAUUUCCCGGAAAAAACUCUGUUUCACCUAAUUUGCGUGGAGAUUGAAGUUUCUUUUCAAGUGUUGCAAUUUUUAUUCGAUAAAACUCGAAUGCCCAAACGUAGUCUAGAAGAGCCAUUAAUAAAAGGAAUCUCCUGAAUACACGGAAACCUAGAUGUUCGUUUGCAUCUGUUAAUAUAGUGACUAAAAUUGUUUAUAAACAUAUUCCGCAUAUAGAGAGGAAAUUUUCCAGAACGGAAUAGACGAAUUGAUAAAACGUACAGGACUUUCGGCGUCUAAAAUUGAUUAUAUAAAGUUUCAUCAUCACGUUUAUUGAAUUAGAUAACAUACAUAACAUAACAUUCUAUUUGUAUAGGGGUUAGGAUAAGGUGUUAGGAGUUAAGGAUAGGGGUUGGGGUUGGGGAUUGGGGUUAGGGUUAGGGGCUAGGGAUUAAGGGAAGGGGUUGAGGUUGGGGGUUAAAGUUAAGGGUCAUGCGUUAGCAUUAGGCGUUAUGAGUUAGGAUUAGGGGUUAGGGGGUUAGGGUUAGGUGUUAGGGGUUACGGAUAGGGGUUGGGGUUGGGGGUUAAGGUUAGGGGUUAUGGGUUGGGGUUAGGGGUUAGCGAAUAGCUUUAGGGGUUAAUAUUAGGGGUUGGGGUUAGGGUCAGGAUUUAGGCGGGACCUGUCUACUACAGGUAUGGCUACGAGGUAAGAUUCGACCUUCAAAUUUUCUGAGCAAUUCAUUUUUGGUUUCUUAUUUAUGAUAUCAGCUUCAAAAGUGACUGGCCUCUAAGUCAUGCAUUUGGUCUCAUCUGUUGAUCAGUCGCCGAGCUAUAUUACUAGCGUCAAUUUUUGCCACAUAAUGUCUCAAAGUAGAUUGAAGACUUCAGUUGGUCUCCCAUAUUAGCCUGCCAAAGUAUGCCUACGUUGAGUAUUCAACUGUAGGAGGGCCCAAUAAUACGUCCUGAUAUACAGUAAGUGGGCUUAUUCAUAAAAUGUCAACCGAAAUUCCGAAAUAUGCUUCCAUUCCAAAAAGAUUUAUUAAGGAAGGUUGUAAAAUUAACCAUCAUGCAGAAAAAUUUAUUAUAAUUUAUUUACCUCAGGAUGCCAGACUUCUAACGAACUUCUUACCAACUGCAUGCAAAAACUGCAUUAUGUAAAAAGUGACUGCUUACGUAGCAUGCACUUUUCUCAUUCAUUUUCGAUACCCUUAGAAAUUCAAUUGUAUUUCUUGGAAAACACGCAAAAAAUAUUCAUUCUCUUGCUCAUUCGGUUGAAAAUGACGUCUCCUUCCAAGUUUAUACUCGAAGGAAGAGUAAAAUUCGGUUUUAAAAAAGCUUCUCAUUAUGGGAUUUGUUAAGGGCCCGAAAUGGUCGUUCAUUAGACGUCAUGUCUGUAUUUAUAAAUAUGGCUUGUUAAGUUAAAAAUAUGACUGAAAUUCACUGCUGAAUUUUACGAGAUAUGUAUGGCUUUCUUUACGCGAAACAUACACGGCUUAUAAUUUUGAAACCCUGAAUCCAAGUGUAACGGCAGGUCGGAUUCAAAAUAAUUCAGGAAUUAAAAAAGUUUUUGGAAACCGAAUUGUACCCUUCCUCUAAAUACAAAAUUAAAAGAAGACGUUGUAUUCUACCAAAUGAGUAGAAGUAUGAAUAUUUUUGUGCACGUUUACCAUGAAAUAUGAUUAAAUUGUUUAGGGCAUUGAAAACCAAUGAGAAAAAUUCAUGCUGCAUAAAUAGCCAUGUUUGCAAAGUGUGGUUUUUGGAUGCAGCGGAAAAGAAGUUCGUUCGAAAGCCGGCAUCCUGAGGUAACUAAAUGAUUAUCGAAUCAGGCUGCACGAUGAUUAGUUUUACAAGCCUGCAUAAGCAAUCUUUUUGAAACUAAAACGCGUUUCGUAAUUUCGGUUAACAUUUCAUGAGCUAUCACACCUAGUGUAGGGAAGUCUAUGUGCCAUCCUUUCAGAGUAAUGUUUCAAAGGGCUAAUAUUGCAUUAAAACCGUACGCUGGCCUCAGUAUAAGAAGGUCUUGGAGUUGCACAACUCGCCAGGAUUUUACACAGCAAGAAAAAGGUGUGCAGCGCGGACCCCAACUGAGUGGGAGUCCCAUAAAGACCAAAUUAAGAUGGAGUCAUCGCAGCCUGAUUCCCCAUCCCGCAGAGAAGACCGAGCGGUUUCAUCAUUUGCGAUGAAUUAUUGGACACGUAACAUCCACAAAAGUUCUGGACUGAGUCGGGAGACAUCCCAAGUACACUGAGCAGUUGAAGCAUCUAGAAGUCAAUCUCAAAUAACUGCUCUUUAUAAUAAAUGUAUAAAUGUAUAAAUAUAUAUAUAUAUGGGGGGGGGAGGAGGAGGAGGAGGAACGAUAAAGAAUGCGGGUAGAUUGAUACAGGACCGUUUCGGGUUUAAUGUGCCUUCAUUUAGCCAAUUAUAACCCUGACCAGCAGCUGGGACCAGGAACAAAAACAUGCGCACACACAUAUAUUUAUUUAUUUAAAGUCAAAUACGUUCUUUAGGAAAAGGAGAAAAUUUUAUUGAAUAAAUUUUCGAUAUUGGGUCCCCGUGUCGUCGUCAGACUAGACUAAAUGUGCAGAAAGCAAUUAACAUUUCAAACGUGCUACAAAAUCAAUAGUCAUUUGGUACUUCAGUCAGUAUGCUGCCGUCGUAUGCGUCAGUCCGUAUUGAUCGGCUUUCGUCUCCCCCACUUUUUUGAGAUUUUUCUACGUGGCAUCUAAUUCGAUAUGCCUGUUGAUGCAUACAUAUGUGUAUUUUCAUUUCGUCUGACGACGCGUUGGUGUCACCAGCUCGAAAAUUCACGAGUACAACUCCACUUUUCCGAAGAACCUCUUCUAUUUUUUCAUAUACAUAAAUAUAUACAACAGAUGGGCACUCACCAAUCGGGCUACGGAACGUGCUUGUCUCGUUCUGUUUUGAGGCUCCAACUAGAACUCACGCAGGCAAUUGCAGGCGCUGGGAGUCCACCGCACACUCUCUUCCCUAUCUCAGGCAUCAGACCAUUGUCCAUGCCGAUCAGAUGUCUGGCAGCGCUGGAACUGCACAUAAUCGACCCCCUCCCCCACGCACACCGGGUUUGCACACGAAACGGAGUAGACGGCUCCGUCUGCCUUUCGCUCCAUCAGCGCACAGAUUCGCACUGGGCUGACUGUUAGGUCUGAGUUGAGUCAUCAGUUGGCAACUUUCCAAGACACGGCCUCUAGUGAGCCGUGAUAGAUUCAAGCGCACUGAAAGUUGACCUCAGCCGUUCUACCCUAUCCAGUCGACUGUCUGAUCUGGUCAACUAACUGAUGCCGAAACUAGUUGAGGUGGCUUACAGAGCUAGGAAUUUUCUGUCUGCGCGCAUAACACAUACGAACCAGCCCUCCCGCCCACACACACACACAAACACACCAGGAUUUCGACAAAAGGGAGUAGACUGCUCAUAUUUCACAUGCGGCAGAGGAACCGCAACACGUACUUCUCACUUACGCUGAUACCGGGGGGCGUUCAGGCGUGUUGCGUGUCUUGGUUGAGAAAUGUGUACGGAUGCGGUCUAGUCUACGGUCAUUUAGCGCAGAUUUUCGUGGAGAUGCAUGCGAUCGAGUAAGCCCACCCGAUGGCUAAAUUUGCGAGGGCAGUGCGGGCGGUUGUGGCGAUGGCGUCUGGUGUGUGUUGAGCCUCCAGACUUGUGCGAUGGACUCGCAAGUGAACCACCGGGCCGAUGAGCAACGUGGACGUGAGGUUGCCGUUACGGUGUUGUUAGUGGUGGGCGCACAAAAAUUCGACAUCCUUGCGUAACGUGUACGUCAAAUCCGAAUGAAAAUCGCCGGGGUGUCAAACUCCGUGACAAAAGAUCCCGGCUUCGAAUCUCAGAUGGUCCACACUCGGCGUUGGGUGUGAUUGGCUGAUGACGACUAAAAAACCCUUGUCUUUGUUAGUACUAUCUCAUUACGUCUACUACCAGUCGCUGUAAGACUGCCUGCGAGGGUUCUAGUAUGAGCUCCAAGGUACAACGGAAGGAGCAUGUCCCGUAACCUGAGCAAUGAGCGCCCAUCUGUCAUAUUAUAUAUAUAUAUAUGCCUGCAUGUUCACCUGUAUAGUUGAAACUGAAGAGCGAUCACAUGCAUGCAUAUUAAUCGAUUCAUCUCAUUUCAGGAGACGUGCAAUGCAUUCUGCUGUUUGCCAAUAGCACUGGGACGGACUCCAUUUACUCCUCUUGGGCCACGGUUUUCCCCCACGGCAAUGCAACGUUUAGAGCCACCAUCGAAUGUCUUGGCGGUCACCGAAAGGAGGUGCUGCUUUCAAAGAUGGAGUACGUGUGGAGCGGACUGCCGGCAUUUACGCAAUGUGAAAUUUCAGUAGCUUACGCCAACGACAGCAACAUAGUGCAGGUGAAAAGAGUUACCACCUGGCCGACUGGUGAGUUCAGUUGAGCGGGAAACUGUCGUGAAUGCUGGAAAUAUUCUAAAAAUCAUCUUUUUCGCCCACCGAAGUUUACAGCAAUAGACCGAGGUUAAAGAAUGCGCUCUACAUCCCUACAGCAUGGCGAGCGCGGGGACGCCGACUUGCGCAACCAUGGAUUAGUUGGUAGUGGUAGUGGACUUGCGCAUCAUCUAAUGCACUCUCUCUUCCCCACCCGUCUGCGCGUGCCACACCGAGACCGACCUGCAUGUAGUGGGCCAGGCUUACCCAAAUCAAGGAACGCCAUGGAGGCUAUUUUAAAGGCGCUUUAGCAGUCUGAAUCCCUCCUAAAAUGGCCGAAUUAUCCGUCCACGGAGAUGGGAUAGAGAUCCUCAAUCAACUUGCUAGUUGGCCAAGGAUUUCCCGCGAUCCCUGUUGAUUCAGACCACAGAUGCGAGGGCCGGUUUUGAUUAGUGUGUCACAGGUGUUUCAUGGUGGUUACCCUAGCUUCCGCCUUUUUGCACGACUUCGACAGAAACCGAUAUGGGAAAAUAGGAAUAAAUUUUCAGCAAAAAAUGCACUUAAGCUGAGCUACAGACUUGAGAUGCUUGGUAACAAUUUAUAUUAACGAAUAGAAAACCGAGCUGAACAAUAAAAUUUUUGUGUUUUUCACAGUUUAUAGCGCAUACCCUAAGUCGUUAAAAUGCAUUUAGGGAUAUAUUGGUACCAAAAAAUUUCGCGACUGCUCUCCAGCUGCUUCCUGUCGCUUCAUAAGUGAGAUAACGAGUGAGAACAAUACAACAGAUUUGAAUUCGUGCAGAAAAUCGAUGCAGAAACAGCAAGGUUAGGGUUUUGGGCAAAGUUAGCUAAUCGAUAAAGUUAGUAACACAAACGCCGUAGGAGAAGAAAGUGAAAAAAGGGGGGAACGUUAAAGAGCAAAAAAGAGAGGAGAGAGGGAAUCAUGGAGCUAGAGGCUACCAUGGCAAUGUUAGGUUAACCACGUGCUCCAAUUGUUUACAAAGAUCUGGUUUCACUCGUCGUAUAUAAACUGCCUCCAGGUAACGCAACGUCCGAGUUGUUCGUGCCCGAACAAGUACUCGGAAGGAAGUUUUGGGGUCGACGGUGUGACCAGUAUCAAGUAGGUGUUUCGUAAUGGAUGAACGCGGGAUCUUUGCCCUUUAAGGGCGACAAUAUUUUAAAUACUAUCAAACGACGGCUACGUUCUGCCAUUGAAAGGACAUACAAUGCAGCCGAACUAGCAUUCUGCAGUUCUACUAAGCCACUUCCGAUUCCACGGGCAAAGGAUGCCCUGCCAAUGCAUGCCACGUCAAAUUGUGUUUAUGAAUUCACAUGCACUUGCGGAUGCAAGUACAUUGGGCGAACGCAAAGGCAGUUGGCAGCCAGGUCCAUUGAGCACCUGCCCAAGUGGCUCCUUAGACAAGAAAAUAAGAUCCCGCGUUCAUCCAUUACGAAACACCUACUUGAUACUGGUCACACCGUCGACCCCAAAACUUCCUUCCGAGUACUUGUUCGGGCACGAACAACUCGGACGUUGCGUUACCUGGAGGCAGCCUAUAUACGACGAGUGAAACCAGAUCUUUGUAAACAAUUGGAGCACGUGGUUAACCUAACAUUGCCAUGGUAGCCUCUAGCUCCAUGAUUCCCUCUCUCCUCUCUUUUUUGCUCUUUAACGUUCCCCCCUUUUUUCACUUUCUUCUCCUACGGCGUUUGUGUUACUAACUUUAUCGAUUAGCUAACUUUGCCCAAAACCCUAACCUUGCGGUUUCUGCAUCGAUUUUCUGCACGAAUUCAAAUCUGUUGUAUUGUUCUCACUCGUUAUCUCACUUAUGAAGCGACAGGAAGCAGCUGGAGAGCAGUCGCGAAAUUUUUUGGUACCAGUAAAUCCUGCCGUUCUUGCCUACUUCAGCUUCGUACCGGGGACAAAAUGCUUCAAAUUUAGGGAUAUGUUUAAAGUAAAUGUGGGUUUCGCAAACUCGCUACCUUCAAAGAUAUUUGACUACAAUGGUCGGUUUUUGAUCGUUACACCAAAAUUCUACUAUGUUCUCCGCAAAACCAAUGGUAUGCAGUUGAUUCGCAUUCUGGACUGAUGAAUACGGGAGCGGCGACUAACAAAGAUAAAGAUCCGUCUACGCGUCUCACACGCCGCCUGACAUCUGGUUCAACCUUAUGUGGGCAAGACUGUCAGACUGAUGUAUAUGCUGAUGUACGGCUGACAGCCUCACACAGUUUAUUGUCCGCGCCUGUUAUGUAACUGAUGAUACGAUUGGGUGUAGUGGCCUCUGAGGCGUGAAAGCCUCCGUCCAAUGUAUGUCACGUGCACGCGUCGCAGUAAUAGACUUUGCACUGCCCCAGGUCCAAGUGUCACUAACCUGUCCGGCCCCCCUUUCAAUUCAGUACAUUUGAAGCUAAACCUGGAGAGGAGAGAGGACUGUCGACAACAAUUAGCACCCGUCGUAUCUCGAAUUCCCGGGAAAGCCAAGCAUGUACAGGGGUCGUACCGUUGCUUUGAAAAGCGAGCCAUAAGGGUCCAAAACUAAGUGGUAAGAGUUUUCACCCAUGACAUGAGUUUGGUCGCGGCGUGAUCAAAUUAACUUUUAUGGAACGGCGUAUUCAGCCAAUACUGAUGUUGGUAAGCAAGCCGGAAAUGGAUAUUUCAAUUUAUCUUGUCUUUGUCCGUGAUAUCGCCUGCUUUCAAUCGUUCUCCGCUGGCCGUGAUGAUUACUGAUCGAACCUUUAGGACGAAUCGCGGAGUCUCAUCCCCGGCCUUCAGUCAGAACAGUGGAUGCGAUAGCUGGCACAAUAGCUUUAUCCGCUUGACGUUUCGGAUUCAUGUUCGAAACCCUCAUCAGAUAUGGGUCAUUCGAGCACUAGGGGCUGCAGUCGUCAUGCUGUUGCAAACCUACGAAAAUUAACGGUUCCACUUCACUGAGGAUUAUUGUCGUUUGUGCGAUAAUUGCAUGACGGUCGGCAUUGGAGUAAUUAUUCGCCGCGAUUUCGUUACCUGUGCUGAAUUUCGGCGUGACAUUUAGGUCACUUGACCUGUCAACACUGACGCUGUAAGUAUUAUUCACCCGCGCGCUCCUGUCGGCGCCAAUUACUCUGUCCGAGCACCGAAUGUGAAGGCGGUAGGUCCUUGCAUUCGUUAUUUGACUGCGGUCCAGAGAACCACGGCUCAGGCAGCUUGCGGCGCACACGACUGCCACUUCUCGCGAGGAUUUUGGCCUAGUCGAGCUUAAAUGUGUGAUCGGGUCUCGUCGAAUAAGCCGCGACUCCGGAACCGGCCAAGCGUUCAGCCUCUCGCAUCCGAGGCAGUCUACUAGCUUCUUCGACGUACUUGCUUUGCCAGAUCCGAUAAACGGCUACAGACGCUUCUUGCUGAGACAGUGGGUCGUUUGGUUUCAUCCCCUGAGGUCUGUUUGCAACCCCAACUCCAAGUGAUGAGAGAAGGGUGUGGACCGCCGUACGCGUUUGGGCUUGGUGCGUUUCGGCUACAUCCCUUGGCAGCAAAUGAGAACAUUAAGAAGAACGAGCGGUUGGUACUUCUCCUCCUUCGUAAAUUGAAUGUCCUGGAAGACAACGUUGGGACAUCCUUUGGAUGCCACUACCUGACCCAGUUUGAUGACGACGAAGGUGUCAUCCACAUACCGAGCACAGUAAUUCAGUCUGUGGCGUUUAAAGAUCAUAAACUGUGCAUUACCGCUCCAGCUAUGAGUGCCGAAAUCGGCGGACUCAUUGGUGUGCCUUUUACCUGCUCGCAGAUUAUUCCGUUCAACACGAGGUGCGUCCUGAGGCAGAACUUAAGGAGUUGAAAGAUCUGGGAGUGCCCAAGAUGACUCACUGUUCCAUCGUAGUUGCUUCACAAGAGUAAAUCAACGGGUUCAACUGCCGAAUCCCGUGGAAGAAAAGUAACGAAGGACGUGACAUCAAAGGCAGAAAACCUACCCCGUAGAGAACGCGAUGAGUCAACAAAUUUAAGAUCCCGAAGUCGCAAAUCAGGAGGACUGAGUUCUUGAACGAAAGAGCGUACGGGUAGCCCAGCAAGCGCGUUCUCUCAGUGUCCGCCGUUGGUGUCCGUAGCUCCCCCCCCCCUCCGCGUGCCUGCAGCCAAUCAACGGAUGGCACAGUUUGAUCGACUUCGAGCUCCCCCGAGGCCCGUGCCAAAUCUGGUGCGAUCUCAGCGGCGAACUGACAGGGAGCAUGGGGCACUCAGACAGACUGGAUAACAAAUCGGUGGCGAUGGCGAUCGUGAGAGCGAGCUGCCACAGUACCCCCCGGCUAGACCAAAGACGUGGUGUAGCGACGCCGAGGGAGUUGUUCAUAUCUUUAAAAACCACGAGUGACCAAACGGUCAGGAAAGUGAGCAUGACGCCCAGUGCAGGUAUACACGUGAGAAGAGUGCGACUUCUCUGCAGCUGGAGGAAGUUGGAGUUGAUGGUAGGGAAUGUGGAGGGGAACAGGACGCAUACGAAAUGGAGGGAUGGAGGGCAGAGGAGAUGAGGAAUUUCGUCCAGAUAGAUGUCCGGCCCUAUGCUCGCCGGUCUCUCCUGAGUUCCACGCUUCGUUUCGCAAGAGACAAUCCUAAUGGGGUCGUCAUAGGUUGACUCGAUUGCAUUGGGGACAGAUGGGAGAGCAUGUCGUCAAGUCUUUCCCUAGAAAAAAACUCGUAAAAUCGGUUGCCUGGCCGGGAGCGCGGAAAUGUUCCGCAUUGAUUACUGGAGACGGUGCAGGAAGUUGGUAGGAUCCUCGACCACACUGAGAAGGACUAGAGACAUCAUUUAACCGGGAAGUCGGACAGUAGUGCUGAACGCCAUUUCGUAGGUGGAACAGGCAAGGAGCGACUUUAGUGCGAAGCGGGUGCCAGUAGAACCAGGGGAGGAUCCUCCGCAUCGGGUCAGAAGAAGCGAGACGUAAACGCGGCAUCACGAUUAAUCUUACAGAGGGCACCAACGAUGGCAACACAUUGAGUGAGGAAGGCCAUGGUCACCGUUGCAAUCUCGGCAACUAUCGCACUAAGGACAAGAAUCUGCGAUCGCGUAUACUUAAUCUCAUAAGCUAUGUGGGGCUUGAAUUUUCGCCUGUAUUGGCAUUUGGGACAGUUCAGUGAAUGCCACUCCUCGGCCCCCGCCCGAUGGCUAACUGAUGGGGGCUGAUAAGCCAGAAACGAGGAUCCUGUUUUUCCCUGUGUUUGCCAUUUACGUUGCCACCAGACGUAAAUACUAAUGAACAGAUAGUAGAUGCAUUAUUACAGGGACAAAAACCUAAAGAUUAACAAGUUUGUCUUUAUCAAUUGCAUUGGUGUGCAUUUAGUGUUGCUAGAAGAUACGGAAGGCAUUUCUAGAAUGGCGCUAUGGAAACAAAGGUCCAUUAAUGCGUCACUUUGUGCUUAACUAACUUACUUAACUCGAGGUUCCCCAUGGACGACUAAAGUCCCAGGUGAAGAGAAUGAAAACGCCAAUUUCGCGUAAACUUUUUCCUCAGGUUCCUUCCAUCUGGCUUGCGUACUAUUUCGAGACGCCCUGUGAGUAAUUAAUCAUGGUGUUUUAUGUCCCGUUUCAGCUGGGCCACCUGCGACUAUCGUAGUAAGUCGAAUAGUCGUCACAGAUACCACCAUUUCCAUAAGAUGGAGAGUGCCCUCUGGUCAGUAUGGAGAUGUCGAAGGCUACCAUAUCUUCGGUAGUGGGGUGGAUGUGAACCUUCCUGUACAUACUACGGAGUAUGUUUUCACCGGACUAACGCCCUUCACCGUGUACAAUUUCUCUAUUGCCGUAGAAAACAAGCCCUCUGUGGAUGCUCGGGGUGGAGGACGAGGCAACUAUACGUCGAUUUCUUAUCGCACGUGCCCUGGCGGUAAGCACACCCAGUUGACCGUUUUCAAGCUGACAUUUUGGAGCAAUUACCCGCUACGACCCCUGUCUUGCAAAGCGAUUUAUGUUUACUUUGAGGAAUUUGAUGGACUGAGAGGAUGUUCCAUUGUAACCGCACUUAAAUUAGUCCUAAUUUAAAUACAAGAGAAAGUAUAAGCGCAGCAAUGAGAACCAGCUUUCAAGUUUUCUUUAAACAAACUCAACCCACUUUGUUGUUUUGCCUAUAUAUAUAGGCAGUAUGUUAUUACCUACAAAGACAAGGGAGCCUGGAAUGGCCAUUUCUGGCUUAUUAGCCGUCGUCAGCCUGUCAUACCCAACUCCGAGGUGUGGAACGCCUGGGGCUAGAACUCGCGACCUGUUAGUUUGAAUUCCAACGCCUCUAACCACUGGAUCACGGGCUCGUUGUCCUGUCGGUUCCGAUCGGGAAUAUACAAUGAUAGAGAGGCGCUCACCGAUCGUUCUUACGGAACCCACUCGUUCCGUUGGGCCUUACGGGCUCUCUCUCGGGUUCAACCAGCAGCCCCACAGCGGUGGUUGCCAGCGAUUGAUUUCUGAGAGAAGUAAAUGGCUUCAGUCUCAGAAAACUAAACUUUCUACCGAAAAAUCACGGGAUGCGCAGCAGGCCCCCUUAGUAAGCCGAACCCCGCGUCGAAUAUCAAGGAGACACGUGUCUGGGCUCUUAGCUAUUACUGCGCUGUCAAGUGCAACUUGUAUGUACGUUCCUUGGAAAUGUAGUAAACUUCAUUAGGUAAAUUUCCGAUGCUGAUGUUUGGUGAUGCAUAAAUCAUCUGAGUGCAUGAUUUCAAGAAACUCUCGGCCUAUUUUGCCGCGGCGAACUCCGACUAUGCGGGCUUCAUAGCAUGCAAAGAUAUGCAUGGCCAUGUGAGACAGACGGUCUUGCCUCUUAACUGCCAGUCGACGUCCGUGGGUUCGUAUAGAAGCAGAUUUCCCUGUUUGGCCACAAUACACGGCACCACAGGCAUUGCAUGGAAUCUUAUAGACGACUUCUUCCUUAUCAAGAUAGCCAACCAUAUCCAGGGGAUGUACAAGCUCAGCACGUAAUGUAGACGUCGUCUUGUGCGUCACUUUUAUUUUUUCGUCAUCGGUUGAGAGUGAUAGGGAAACACAACACUUCCCGUGGAAGUGUUUGCCGGCAAACAUAAACAAAGAAAAGGAAAACCGGUAGGGGUGUUGCAAGGAGUCAGCCACGGGAUGUAUCGGGCGUGAACCUUUAGCAGCAGGCAUCAAGACUAAGGUUCUGUUUCGUCCACCUCAGGUUCUGUUGAUAAGACGGCUAUCGGACCUGACGCUGAAGGCCUACUCGACAGCCCAAGAAUUGCAUUUAAGUUGAACUCGGCUAAUAGCACGGUGUGAAAGCCAAUAAUUUGAACUUCGAGGAGGCCAUUGGUGCUGCCGUUGGUAGCCUGAAUCGUAAGAGUCAAUCCUAAACUGUCUGUGCCACGCAGUCGCGCCAGAGAGCUGAGAGGUGGUUUCCGGAAUACGUGCUCCAGAAUCCCUGUUAGCGGAAAAUGACACACCAACGACGACUAUUCAGGUAUCGGCACAGACAGGAGCCACAGUUUCAUCCAUGGCGUCUGAGAUCGGCACUGGCCGUGUUGGCCUCCAGAUCGUCACUGGAUCCGCAACUUCAUGGGGAACGUGAUUUAGGAGCAUGUCUGUAGGAGCAAAGAAUAGUCUUAAGCCCAAAUAAACUUAGUAUAGUGGAUUGGACCUCGCACAUUAGUACACACUUCGAUAAACUCGCGUGACCACUUCGCGAAGACUUGCUAAACACCAUGUAGGCUUUGUGAUGCAUGUCUCUGAUAUCAUCAGUAGAGAGGAAAAGUUUGAGAUGAUAAAAAUUAGGCGAUUCAGGUUCAGGAUGGGCAAGAGAAUUGCCUAGACCAUAAUUCGGCGGUUGAGAUUCUUUUUUCCGCUUGCUUUUGAUUCUUAUCUUUAAGUGCAUCACCUGUAAUAAAAAAGAUAUGCCACUGUCUUCAAUGGCACUGACUGUGGCUUAUGGGUUACCAUGAUUAAAUUGUUAGUAUUCCCAAAGUUUGGAGGCUAAACGAGCGCAAGUCCACUGUAGUUCAGAGAGAGGAACUACCUAACAACCUCCUCUGGGUAGCUAAAAAGGUGGCGAAGAGUCACCGCGGGACCGUGCUUAACCGUAAUCCGUCGUCCAAAGUCUUCUAUUGCAUAAGGACCAAAUCCGACCGAGAUUUAUCUCCUACUUGCCUUAACAUGGGUUACUGUCGUUAUGUUCGAAACUGAGUUUGCGGCCCUGCCAGCACCAGCCCCGCCUAACCCCCUCAAAUAUCGCGGAGCUAGAGGGAGCUAUGAAGGGGCUUGGAGGGACUGUGGAAGGGGCUGUGGGGGGACAUUCUACGCGACUGCCCACCUGGGCCCAUCAACGAGAAAAAUGCGCAGGGGACGCCACAUUUCCGCCCACUUUUGGCACUCCUUUAAAAUAUCAACCUGUAUGGUGAGUCCCCUGAGGUGCACACAUGUAAUACCGACCGGCAGAAGUUUCAGAACUCAGUAUAGACAUUUCUCGUUCGGGGGAUUGAUUGCCAACUGCUGUCGACGUUCAGGGAACCUCAUACUCAGGCUCUUCAGUGGCCUCAUAAUAUGCCUUCGUCUGGCGCUUAAUGCGCUUGUAUAUGGUGAUUCGGUGAGAGCCACAGUAAUUACGCUUCAUAAUUGCUUUGGAUAUUCAGUAAAAAAAGACAAACAAUUUGUAUAAGUAUAACACCAAGGCUCAAUAGUACAUGCAUAGACAUACAAGUCGACUACUUGAACUGUCUGAUGAGUAAAUAUCAAAACAAUUAGCAUAAGAUACAUAAAUUAACUAAGGCAGUUAUCAAGAGCAUAAAAACAGCAUUGGUUUACGCACGAUAUUAUCCGCGACCCGUGGGCGUAAACGAAUGCUUUUACCAUGAUUUAUAAGCCUCUUUUGAUAAAUUAGCUCCCUUUAAUGCCAAAGAAAGUACAAUGAGUGGUGCUUUUGAAACAUAACUUUCGAUGCAAAUACGCUUAAAAUGUUUCAAUCCCGAGCGGGCUCCGGUCCCACCCAGCCCCUGCCCAGCACCACCUAUGAAGGGGCCAUGUGCUGGCAGGGGGGCUGCGGUUAUCUCUCAGGCCGACUUAAAGUUGGGCGAUUUUGUGUUUUUGAUAACCAUCCAACUAUUCACAUUUACGUCUAACAGCGGCAAAGGCCACUAAAUAGGCCAAAAGGAACAUUUCUGCCCAAGAGUAAACAACGUUGAUGCAGGGGAGGACACCGUCAGUGGACAGGUUGCUGUCUGGCCGAGUUUGAUCUGGCAACUGGAACGAGGGAGAAUGCAUGUCCUUCUACGUAGGGGAUCAUUUCCUGCCCUCUAAUGAUGAAUUGUCUUUUUCAGUCGGUAGGCCUGUACGGAACCUGACAGUAAUCCCACUGGGCCAGGCCGCAGAGAUCUCGUGGAAAGCCCAAUAUCCUCCAUUUGGAGACAUUGAAGAGUACCGCGUAACGUUGAAAGAAGAGGACAUAGUCUUCUUGAACCUCCGCUACCCGGCUGAUGUCACGCUUCCACAGAGGGUUCCAAAUCUCCGGCCAGGCGUGCAGUACACUCUCUCCGUCGUCACCGUAAAUAAGGCCGAAGGUGGUUGUGCGGGGAGCGGUGGUCCCAGCACCCCAGUGACGGUGGCCUUUAAAAUCCCCGCAAGAGGUUUGUAUGCACGUUAAAAAGGCAGCUUUGGGUUUCUUUUUAUUAAAAAAAUGACAGGGUUCGUCAGACACCCGGGAACUUGAAUUUUAUGAGGUGUGCCAAUUGACCUGCACAUCCACUGAAAGUACUAUUUACAGUUUCCGACAAAUUUCAUAUGCGGUUGAAGGCAUUGAUGAGGACUGACUGAUCAUUAAUUAGGCAGGUUAGGGGAGUAACCGUUUAAUUGUUAAUAAGCAUUAUCGACCCAUGGUCAGAUUGGGAUUGUAGCUGCACAGCAGUGAGAAGAUAAUUGUGGAGGGAUUAUUGUACACAGAACCCGAAGUUGUCCUCUCAGGCGGCAGUAGCCACUGGCGAAGCCAAGGCUGGUGUUGGCUGCGUCCAGUCAGGCCGGAGAAUCCCUGGGACAGUGGUGGCAGCUGCUUUUGUAGACCCGCGGGUCAAGCUCAAGUGGUGUCCAGUCAGUGUGUGUUGCCUUUGCCGAGGGGUGGUGUCGCAGUGGCUUAGGUUGCGGGUGUAGGCGGGGGGGGGGGCUUCCAAGGGGCCGCAUGGGCAGCUGCAACUGUGCGGACGCAUGUAUGCUUGAGCUGUGGGUCGUUUGACUCCAGGUCAGCGCGUCUGGAGGGUAGCACUGCAAAAAGGAAAAUGACCGUGGGACAGUGAAGAUAUGAACAAAGACACCAGACAAGUCCUGAUGGCUGACCGCCAAAGGAUCAGUGCUAGGUGGAAGCAGAGUUAAUCUUGAUACGCAGACAUAAGCCCGCAAGUGGCUCAGUGAAAAUCGGACAAAUGGACACGCCCAAUGUGUACAGAGCGGGAAAGACUGCCCAAAAAAGUGUGCAAAUGCAUUUAAAAAUAAAAAAAUUAAGAAAAUUAGAAGGAAGAGCGAUAUAAAAUUCAACGUAGAAUAACGCAUCAUCAGCGCAAAAAAAUGCUAUAAGUGGCCAAGAAAGAACAAACAGAUAAUAUUGGAAAACAAACGCUAAAGUCAUAGACAAGUGCGCAGACAGGCAAGCCGGAUCAGUCAGUACAUCAUCAGCUGCAGCAUCUAGUACGCUCAUCUUACCCUCAUGUUGCUUAUCUCCUUCUCACCAACUUACAGCCUACAUGCUACCAGUUCCAAGUAAGCGCGGCAGUAAGCAAUACCAGUAGGUUAGUUAAUGUACUAUACAAUAUGUGCAACAACCUGAGCAUAAAUCAGUCAAGUGAUGCGACAUUUCGCCUGCAGCGGCCUGUCCAUUAGGAUAAAUUCAAGAGGACAGUCAAAAAAUGGGUUGACAAUGUUGAAGGUCAGCUAGUGUGAGACCUCAGCACAAAUCCAUCCACCUGCUCUCCAUUGCCUCAACUCUUCUCCCCCAUCUUUCAUUCGUCUUUUCACUACUCACUAACGCAUUCAUCACCUUAACAUCGCCUAAUGCAUCUUAUCCUCUUGCCAUUUCAAGGCACCAACAUCACCGACGCCACCAGCGACACCAGCACCAGCACCGACACCGACACCUCCACGCCUGAAUUGGCUGCACUGGUUAGAACAGCAUCAACAGCAUCGGAUGCUGCAUCAUCCACAGGUAGGCGGCCCACUCUCCUCAUCUUUCCUUGCUUCCAUUGUCAACUGCUGUCCACACCUCUUAACUUCUCCUUCCACAACCUGCUCCCAUGCACCUCAUCCUCUCAAGCCGCAUUCGGCUCUAAUUCACCUCUGCCUCCCUUCCAAUUCACAGGCGACACCUCCACCAGCACAAGCGAAAGCCAGGCCUCCACAAUGCCUACUACGGUUGCCGGAUCAUCAGCUGCAGCAUCUAGUACGCUCAUCUUACCCUCAUGUUGCUUAUCUCCUUCUCACCAACUAACAGCCUACAUGCUACCAGUCCCAAGUAAGCGCGACAGUAAGCAAUACCAGUAGGUUGGGUAAUGUAAUAUUCAAUAUGCCCAAAGAUCUGAGCAUAAAUCAGGCAAGUGAUGCGACAUUUCGCCUGCAGUGGCCUGUCCAUUAGGAUAAAUCAAAGAGGACUGUCAAAAAAUGGGUUGACAAUGUUGAAGGUCAGUUAGUGUGAGACCUCAGCACAAAUCAAUCCACCUGCUCUCCAUUGCCUCAACUCUUCUCCCCCAUCUUUCAUUCGUCUUUUCACUACUCACUAAGGCAUUCAUCACCUUAACAUCGCCUAAUGCAUCUUAUCCUCUUGCCAUUUCAAGGCACCAACAUCACCGACGCCACCAGCGACACCAGCACCGACACCGACACCUCCACGCCUGAAUUGGCUGCACUGGCUAGAACAGCAUCAACAGCAUCAGAUGCUGCAUCAUCCGCAGGUAGGCGGCCCACUCUCCUCAUCUUUCCUUGCUUCCAUUGUCAACUGCUGUCCACACCUCUUAACUUCUCCUUCCACAACCUGCUCCCAUGCACCUCAUCGUCUCAAGCCGCAUUCGGCUCUAAUUCACCUCUGCCUCUCCUCCAUUUCACAGGCGACACCUCCACCAGCACAAGCGAAAGCCAGGCCUCCACAAUGCCUACUACGGUUGCCGGAUCAUCAGCUGCAGCAUCUAGUACGCUCAUCUUACCCUCAUGUUGCUUAUCUCCUUCUCACCAACUAACAGCCUACAUGCUACCAGUCCCAAGUAAGCGCGACAGUAAGCAAUACCAGUAGGUUGGGUAAUGUAAUAUUCAAUAUGUCCAAAGAUCUGAGCAUAAAUCAAUCAAAUGAUGCGACAUUUCGCCUGCAGUAACCUGUCCAUUAGGAUAAAUCAAAGAGGACAGUCAAAAAAUGGGUUGACAAUGUUGAAGGUCAGUUAGUGUGAGACCUCAGCACAAAUCAAUCCACCUGCUCUCCAUUGCCUCAACUCUUCUCCCCCAUCUUUCAUUCGUCUUUUCACCACUCACUAAGGCAUUCAUCACCUUAACAUCGCCUAAUGCAUCUUAUCCUCUUGCCAUUUCAAGGCACCAACAUCACCGACGCCACCAGCGACACCAGCACCAGCACCGACACCGACACCUCCACGCCUGAAUUGGCUGCACUGGCUAGAACAGCAUCAACAGCAUCAGAUGCUGCAUCAUCCACAGGUAGGCGGCCCACUCUCCUCAUCUUUCCUUGCUUCCAUUGUCAACUGACGUCCACACCUCUUAACUUCUCCUUCCACAACCUGCUCCCAUGCCCCUCAUCCUCUCAAGCCGCAUUCGGCUCUAAUUCACCUCUGCCUCUCUUCCAAUUCACAGGCGACACCUCCACCAGCACAAGCGAAAGCCAGGCCUCCACAAUGACUACUACGGUUGCCGGAUCAUCAGCUGCAGCAUCUAGUACGCUCAUCUUACCCUCAUGUUGCUUAUCUCCUUCUCACCAACUAACAGCCUACAUGCUACCAGUCCCAAGUAAGCGCGACAGUAAGCAAUACCAGUAGGUUGGGUAAUGUAAUAUUCAAUAUGUCCAAAGACCUGAGCAUAAAUCAGGCAAGUGAUGCGACAUUUCGCCUGCAGUGGUCUGUCCAUUAGCAUAAAUCAAAGAGGACAGUCAAAAAAUGGGUUGACAAUGUUGAAGGUCAGUUAGUGUGAGACCUCAGCACAAAUCAAUCCACCUGCUCUUCAUUGCCUCAACUCUUCUCCCCCAUCUUUCAUUCGUCUUUUCACUACUCACUAACGCAUUCAUCACCUUAACAUCGCCUAAUGCAUCUUAUCCUCUUGCCAUUUCAAGGCACCAACAUCACCGACGCCACCAGCGACACCAGCACCAGCACCGACACCGACACCUCCACGCCUGAAUUGGCUGCACUGGCUAGAACAGCAUCAACAGCAUCGGAUGCUGCAUCAUCCACAGGUAGGCGGCCCACUCUCCUCAUCUUUCCUUGCUUCCAUUGUCAACUGCUGUCCACACCUCUUAACUUCUCCUUCCACAACCUGCUCCCAUGCACCUCAUCCUCUCAAGCCGCAUUCGGCUCUAAUUCACCUCUGCCUCUCUUCCAAUUCACAGGCGACACCUCCACCAGCACAAGCGAAAUCCAGGCCUCCACAAUGCCUACUACGGUUGCCGGAUCAUCAGCUGCAGCAUCUAGUACGCUCAUCUUACCCUCAUGUUGCUUAUCUCCUUCUCACCAACUAACAGCCUACAUGCUACCAGUCCCAAGUAAGCGCGACAGUAAGCAAUACCAGUAGGUUGGGUAAUGUAAUAUUCAAUAUGCCCAAAGAUCUGAGCAUAAAUCAGGCAAGUGAUGCGACAUUUCGCCUGCAGUGGCCUGUCCAUUAGGAUAAAUCAAAGAGGACUGUCAAAAAAUGGGUUGACAAUGUUGAAGGUCAGUUAGUGUGAGACCUCAGCACAAAUCAAUCCACCUGCUCUCCAUUGCCUCAACUCUUCUCCCCCAUCUUUCAUUCGUCUUUUCACUACUCACUAACGCAUUCAUCACCUUAACAUCGCCUAAUGCAUCUUAUCCUCUUGCCAUUUCAAGGCACCAACAUCACCGACGCCACCAGCGACACCAGCACCAGCACCGACACCGACACCACCACGCCUGAAUUGGCUGCACUGGCUAGAACAGCAUCAACAGCAUCAGAUGCUGCAUCAUCCGCAGGUAGGCGGCCCACUCUCCUCAUCUUUCCUUGCUUCCAUUGUCAACUGCUGUCCACACCUCUUUACUUCUCCUUCCACAACCUGCUCCCAUGCACCUCAUCCUCUCAAGCCGCAUUCGGCUCUAAUUCACCUCUGCCUCUCUUCCAAUUCACAGGCGACACCUCCACCAGCACAAGCGAAAGCCAGGCCUCCACAAUGCCUACUACGGUUGCCGGAUCAUCAGCUGCAGCAUCUAGUACGCUCAUCUUACCCUCAUGUUGCUUAUCUCCUUCUCACCAACUAACAGCCUACAUGCUACCAGUCCCAAGUAAGCGCGACAGUAAGCAAUACCAGUAG